AUCAAUAACAGAAGAGUGGGUCAGCCAACAACGUAUGUGAUCUGUUUUUAAAAUCUAUCAAAUAAGCUAUUGAAUAAAUUAUGCCGAAAGUUGUGUCAAGGAGCAUUAUAUGCUCUGACACAAAAGAUCAGGAAGAAUACAGUGAAGAAAAACCAUUGCACAUAUAUUAUUGCCUAUGUGGACAAAUGACACUCAUUUUAGAUUGUGCCAUUGAAAAGUUACCACUAAGAAAGAAGGAUGGAGCAAGGGUUAUCGAUGGCAGUAAACAUGCCCAUAAAAUGACCUCAGAGCGAGAUGAACUUGUGUUUCUUAAGCGUCCAGAAGGAAUCGAGAAGCAAUAUAGACAGAAGUGUAAAAAGUGUGGCUUGUUGUUGUAUUACAAGCAUGAUCCAACAGCAAAUGUAGUAUUUAUAGUUAAAGAUUCUGUGAUAAAAAGUUCUGGAGAAGGUCCUAUGACAGAUAUUUAUAAUCAAGUGGCCAUUGAGAAACCUAAAAAGAUAAUGGUGACAAAACAUACUAAAAACAUGGGAAAGUUCAGUUCAGUUACUGUAUCUACAAUUGAUGAGGAGGAAGAUGAAAUUGAAGCUAGAGAAGUUGCCGACUCGUAUGCAAAUAAUGCACGCAUCAUAGAGAAACAAUUAGAGAGGAAAGGUAUGAACAAGCGGAAAACUAUGCCAUCCUCUGAAACAGAUUCAAAACGUGCACGGCCAAGGGGGACACUGUUGGAUGUCUGAUUUUUUAUCAACGAUAUUUUGUAUAACGAUAGAUAUUAUGUUAUGCAGUUGUAUACAUUAACUUAUUAUAUAUUCACUUGAUGUAAAUAAAUUACUUCUUUUAUGUGCA